AUGAAUCCGAAGACAGUCUCUUGGAAGAAUGGCACAGAUUGUUGUUCAUGGGAUGGAGUGUCAUGUGAUCAUAUUUCGGGUCAUGUAAUUGGCCUCGACCUCAGUUCUAGCGGUCUUCAAGGCCUUCUUCACUCCAACAGCACCCUUUUUUCACUUCCCCAUCUCCAAACUUUAAUCCUUGACUUCAAUAAUUUCUCUUGCUCUCCAAUUCCUCCUGAAAUUGGCAGUUUUGCCAACAUGAAAACGCUUAGACUCUCUUUUGCCAACUUUUCUGGUUAUGUCCCUGAAGAAAUUUCUCACCUCUCUAAACUUUCUCAUCUCACCAUUUAUGGUUGUUUUGAUCUCUAUCAGUGUGGAUUGCGAGGGAAAUUCCCAGAAAAUGUCUUUCGCUUACCAAAUCUUCAGAAGUUGAGCUUAGGAUUCAAUCCAUAUUUACCUUUUAGUGGUAAUCUUACUGGUUCUCUGCCUAUGUUUAAUUGGAGUAGUCCACUCAGGUACUUAGAUCUUUCUGACACAAAAAUCUCUAUUGAUUUACCUUACAUGUGUUCAAGUGCCAAGUCUUUGCAGCUUUCAAAUUGUAGUUUUAAAGGAUCAUCAAAUAGUGCAAUGUUGACUAACCUCACCCAAUUAGUAGAACUCAUUUUCUUAGGCAUCAAUAGCAACAAUCAUGGAGGUCAAAUUCCAUUGUUUUUUCUCAAUUUUCAGCAGUUGACCUAUUUGUAUCUUUCUGGCAACAAUUUUGUUGGUAAGAUUCCCGAAUUUCCAAAAGCAAAUUCCUUACAAAGCCCACUACAAUUGAAUUUAGAGGACCUCAUCAUAUCUGAUAACUUGCUUGAUGAAUCAAUACCUUCCUGGAUAUAUUCUCUUCCAUAUUUAAAGUAUUUGCGGCUGAACAAUAAUAAGCUUAUUGGCCCAAUUAAAGAAUUUCAUUCUAAAUCUCUUGCAGAGCUCAAGUUGGGUUCUAAUAAACUACACGGCCAAAUUCCAAACCCAAUAUUUCAACAGAAAAACCUACAAGAGCUAAAUCUCUCACACAAUAAUUUGGAUGGUGUUUUAGAGUUAAACAAGUUUUCAAUGUUGAAAAAUCUUCAGAGUCUUGACCUUUCUUUUAACAAUUUCACUAUCUCCACAAAUAAAUACACCAACAAUGAUUCAUUUCCUCAACUUUAUGAUUUCGGUUUGGCUUUAUGCAACAUUAGAGAAUUUCGAUAUUUUUUUAAAAACAUGAAAAGCUUACACACACUACAACUUUCCCACAAUCAAAUUCAGGGUAGGAUUCUAGAAUGGUUGUGGAACGAGGGAACAUGUUCGUUGUCUGUACUGAACAUUUCCCACAACUUCUUAACAAGUGUACAGACAAUUCCAUGUAAAAGCUUAGUCUAUGUAGAUCUUCGCUCUAACAUGAUUGAAGGGCCUCUUCCUACUGUUCCACCUUCAGUGACUAUUUUUUUCAUCUCAAACAAUGCUCUAUCUGGAGAGAUACCUUCUACAUAUUAUUUGCAUACGAAUAAUCUUAGUGGAGACAUCCCUCAUGACAUGUUUGAAAAGUUAACUAAGUUAAGGAGUUUGUACCUUAGUAACAAUCAUCUAGAUGGAUCCCUGCCUCGUUCUCUGCGUAGUUGCCAAAGCUUAGAAGUUUUAGAUAUGGGAAAUAACAAGAUAAACGAUACCUUCCCUCAUUGGUUGGAAGAUCUUCCAAUGCUUCGAGUUCUUGUUUUGAAAUCCAAUUGA